ACAUGGAAAGAAGAGCUUUGAAUGUCCUCCAAUGAGUCUGGAGAACUAUUUCCUUCACAUGUUACCCUCCUGUUGGUCGUCCCAUAAUCACCCCAAGCUUCUUUAGUCUGCACAAAUUCCCAUGUAAUUGGGCCUCCCAGCGGAUGUUAAUAUAUCACCAGUGAAUCUGCAGCCUGACCUUUGACUCUGAGAUAUUGCAGACGAGCCAAGCAGCAGGGAGAGAGCAGAAACACACUCUGAGCAGCCAGAGGUUGUGACGAGCUCACUGUUUUCACGGGAUCCUCUGUCCUGCUUGCCUUGAUUUUCUAAGCAGACGUCAUCGUGAUGGAGACACAGCAAACGGCUGGAAGUUUUCCUGCGGUGAGCCAAACCGUUGUCACAGCAAGUAUAACAGGGUCUACCAUGGUAUCCAUGGACACUAUGUAUCGUUUCCAUGGGGAAGGAGUUCGCUACAAAGCCAAGCUGAUUGGCAUGGACCCAGUACCUGACGCCCUCGGAGAAAAGAUGUGCAGAGACUCCAUGAUGAAACUAAAGGGCUUUGAGGUAGCAGGAAGGAAACAGGGAAUCCACAAGAGGAGAAUUUGGUUGAAAAUUUCCUCCAGUGGCUUGAAAAUUCUGGAUGAAAGGACCGGGGCUGUUCUUCACGACCAUGAGAGGAGCAGGAUCAGCUCUUUGACCAAAGAUGAGUCUGACCCCAGAGCUCUGGCUUACAUCUACCAGCAUCAAGACAACUACAUCCUCUUCUACAUCAAGACGGCUAACCUGGCACAUCCAGUGUUCCUCGACAUCCAGGAAGUUUGUCAGCAUGUGGACCAAGAGAUCUCGCAGCAGCCUGCAGAGACACCAACACAAGGCGCUUCUUUACUGGUUCUAAACAAGAGCUCAGCAGCAGAGGAACCAGCUCUUGAAGAUCUGUUCAGCCCACGGCCAGAUGUUUCAUCACAACAGACAAAGCAGCAGCCCUCGUCCACCAAUGAGCUGAUGGAAGUGUUUUCCACCCCACUGGAGGAGCCUUUGACACCCAGUCAGAUCCCAGGUAUCAGUAAGCCAGAGCCUCCACAGCAACAGCAAGUGCUCUCCAGCUCGCAGAUUCUCUCUAUGUUCCCCACACAUCCUGUAGGUGGCUCUCCAUACUCAUCCCCCACAUACCCUCCAGCCAGCAUGCCUUGGGGCCAGCAGGCACUUCCAGGAAACCAGUGGGCGGCCCCGUGGCCCACUGUGCCUGGCAACAUUUCACCAUGGGCACCACCAGGUGUCACAGUAUCCCCUACAUUAAGCCAGCCUCCCAGCAUGGCCAACCCUCAGCCCAGUUUCAUGGUGGGAGGAAACGCACCCCCUACACCCUCUGGUGUUAACAGCUACUCCACCCCUUUACACUCCUUAAACUCCACCCCUACAGGAACAACAGCAGCGCCACUGUCAGUGUCCUCACCCUUGGAGAACCCCUCCCUCCUUUGAAAUGAGUGUGGAUAUGUGAAUUUAUUGAGUUGAUGCUUUGUUUUUAGAACUUUUAGUAAAAGAAAACAUCACCACACACCUAUAAUGAAGCUCUAAAUUAUAGCACCAAUAUUCUUAUAUCGUCAUUUUCUUAUAUAUUUAACUACUUUAAGGGCUGCCAUGAGAUGAGAGGUGGGGUAGACUGGACAGGUUUCAAGUCCUUCACAGGGGCUAACAGAGAUAGACAGACAACAGUUCAUGCUCAUAUCUACACCUACGGCUGAUUUACAAUCACCAGUGAACCUAAACUGACUUCAGAAGCCAGAGAACCCAUAGAGAACCACACAGGCACAGGGAGAGUGCGUGAGCAUGCAAACGGCACUCAGAAAGCCCCCAGACUGAGUCUGACUCCUCUUGCUGUAAGCCAACAGUGUUGAGUAGCAGUGUUGUGUAGUCCGCAUAUUUUCGAUAGGAUUGAGGUUGGGGCUUUGGGAAGGUCAUUCCAGAGGCUUGAUGUUAGCAUGCUUUAUCCAUUAGGGUCAUUGUCCUGUUGGAACAUCCAGUUGUGUCCAAGUUUCAAGCGUCUAACUGUUGAUUAGAGAUUAAUUUGAUGAGUUCAGAGGUAGUACUUCUCCUUCAUUAUUCAAUCCACUUUGUGUAAUGUACCAGUAUCAUUUGCAGCAAAACAGCCCCAGAGCAUGAUGCUACCACCACCAUACCUGAUAGCUGGUACAGUGUUAUUAGGCAUGAAAGCCUCACUUUUACUCUUCCAAACAUGCCUCUUGUCAUUUGGAAAAAUAGCUCAAUCUUUGUCUCAUCUGACCAUAAAACUUUUCUCCAGAAGCCGUUUGGUUUGUCCAUGUGGACAACUGCAUAUUUCAGUUGAGGUUGAAGGUGCCAGUUUUGGAGCAGGAGCUUCUUUCUUGAUCAAUACCAUCUCAGACGGCAAUACUCACUUUACUGUGGACAGUGACGGUGCUGUUCCAGAUGUUUCCAGUUCAUGGCAGGCUUGAGCCUUUUCCUUUCAUCUGAGGGUCUCCUUUCAGACCUUCACAAAGGGAUGAUCCUGGAAUCUGCAGUUAGAAAUGCCCCAUUAAACGUCUGGAAUAGCCUUCAGAAAGCCCCGACUUUAAACUUCUUGAAAAGUUAUGGACUACUCUUAAAAUCCAGAUCUUUGAACUCUUGUAGCUCAACAUGGCAACAGCAAAUAAAUAAAUAUUAAAAUACUAUUAAUACCAUUAAUAAUAGCCUAAACAGAAAACAAAUCGUACAAUUUUAAUUUCUAAUAAAUAUCUAAUAAAAUUUUUGUGCUGAACAGUGAAAUCUGUCAAUAAAUGCUCACAACUUCCAACUUUGUUUUUUCAUACAAUUCAUUCAUUCAUUCAAAAAUCCUGUAGUCGGUAAAUUGCAAAGUAGCAUUCAGAUAGAUGAAUAGAUUGUAGAUAUGAGGAGCUGAUGUUGAUCACUUACUAUGUUCACUUUUUUAAACAGGACUUUUUGAAAUGGACUGUUUAAGCAUUUGAUUUGUGAAAUUUGUUGAUAUCAAAUAAACUCCAACUUUCUGUCUUGUUAAAA